GAGAGAGGGAGAAAGAGAGUACGUCACCGACGUCGCGGCGACCGCGCCGAAUUUCUCGGAUUACAUAAACCCAAAUAAUCCCGUGAGUCAUUCUAAUUCUGGUCGUCGGGGUUGCACCGCUUUCCCGCUCGUCUCUCCGCCUCCCUCCCCCCCUCUCUCUCUCUCUCUUUUCUACUCUUCCCGCUACAUUUCAGCCCUCACCCCGUUGUCCCCCCGCGUCUGUCUGGCACACAAAUAACUGCGACGCGUGUGUCGUCUCUCGUACACACACGAUGGCCCACUUUUCCACGUGGGUCCCGAAAUUAGAGAGCACUCCGACGACGCGCCGCUUGCCUUUUCAUUUUCGUCGCGACCAACGUGUUAAGCGCGCGCUGAUUUCGUGACGUUCUCUUCCUAAAUGGCACGGCCGACAGCGUCUGAUUAAAAGUCAUCCGCGAUGGAGCGGAAUGGAGAAACAUUUCGUGCCUUUAUCCCUCGGCCCGGCCCGGCCCGGCCGAGAACACACGCGGGGCACAUCGUCCCGAGAUCUCGCCGUCAUUGUCGUCGUUUUCACGUGCAUUUUACGCUUACGAGUUGCUACGAGACGUUAGACGCCUCGGUCCGACCAAGUUACGAGCGUAGUCGAUUCGCAGGUACUUCCGAGUACGUGAGAGAACACGGAGUGUACAUCCGUAAGAACGUCCGAUCGGGGGCGGUGGCCGCGUCCCCCUGGAAUCUAUGCCGAUGAGGCAGUGAAUGUAGCGCGGCUAAUGAAGAAAAAUGAUCGUCCGUCGCGCUACACGACACGAAGCCCGCGACAAUGUACGCCGAAGUGUAUUUUUGACCGUGGCCGACAUAGGUGAUCUUCCCACUUCCGGCGGAAACUAUCGCUGGGAAAAGGGGAUUUUCGGCUUCGUGGCUCGGGAGCCCGAGCGGAAAAUAAAUAAACGGCCGAACAUCCGCGCACGCUACGUCGCGUGUCGCCGAAGAAUGCAGCGCGCCGCGGCCCGAUGACUGCGCGGACACGUUGAAUACAUUCCGCGCUUUUAGCGAUAAUGCCGACCGGCCGCGUUUCGGUGGCCGACGUGGCCGAUCGCGGCUUUCAGCCGUCCGUCCCAGAUCUUCUAUUCACGGUCCAUUUUCACGAGACAACGACGAUCAACCACGUGUCACGGCCUCAUGCACGAGGUCGCUGGUAAUGGGAAUCGUUACGCUUUGGCUGCAACUUGAGCGUGCCAGGGCCGCAGGAGUGACCAAGCGCAAGGAGAAAGAGGAAAGAGAAAAAAAAAGGAAGACACGUGGAAUCGAGAAGCGAGUAAAGAGCUAGCUUCACUAAUGAUUAACUUUAACCUUAGAGCCGGAAUUAAUGAGAAAUAAAGAGCACACGUCGGCUUGCGGUCGCAGUUGAACCGACGCCGGUGAAAUCGGACACGAGUCGCACAGAUUUUCUCCGUUAGCAAAUCUCCGGAUCGGCAAAUCGCGGCAGAGCUCGCGGCUAGCUCGUAGCCCAAGUUACGGGGGAGGGGGGAGAGGGGAAGAGAGGGAAGUAUGUAACACGGAAGUAGCAUUAGCGGCAACGACAUACGGACGAGAUUCUUCUUGGUUUGUGCCGGCGGACGAUCGAAGAAGAAAUCUCCGUUCCAAGAUUUUUACUUGCACAACGAAGGCAACCACGGCGUACGGACUAGAUUCUAAGUUUCCCGUUCGCGGCGAACCGGCGCGUGUACAUCCCUGCAGCGCGCUGGUUUUAUCGGAUUCACACAUCGGUAUAAAAGUAGCGGCGCUACGCGAUUCGGAAACAGGUGACCCGACGAUCUCGCGCAACGAUGACGAAAGCGACGGCGGUCGUGAUUCUAAUACUGUUCUCGACUUCGGGCGUGCACCACGUCGAUUCUCUGAUGCAGGAGAGUCUGGGAAAGUUUCUCGGAUCGUUCGCCGCGUUUAAACAAGUGAGAAUACCCGAUUUGCUGAAUCAAUUGUGCAAUAGCUCGCAAGGCUCUAAUACGACGCGACGCGACGCUUGCUACGGCUGCUUCUAUCGCGCGAGCAUCCUACCGCAAGGUUAUGCUAUGUUGAUAGCAAUGUCCACGUGCGCCGACAGUUAUCUCAACAACACCAGCUACGGCCAUUGCCAAUCUUACUUGCGAAACGCGACGACUAUGCCGAAUGUGCGAGUGAGUCCUACGAUAAUAUACUGUACGUUCCUAGAAUGCGUUCGCCAAGUCAAUAAGGACAGCUUGCUCCGAGAGUGCGUCCGUGAGGCCAUGAGAAUGAUCCCCAUGUUCAACAGCACGGAGAGGCAGCUCACGCAAUUAUUCGUCAACACCACCGCCUGCGUGCUGGCAAAGACCCGUUGCUCCUACACAAACCCGGUAACCGGCGCACUCCAGGACGACGAUAUCGUCAACAAGUUGCACCUACCGACGAUGAACGCGAUCCUCGUCAACACCGAAUACGACAUCAACAUCGUGCAGUUGCCGUUUCGCCACAGCAAUGUGGACGUGUGUUCCAAGUACAGAAACGUCCAGCAGGCGACUUGGCCGAGCGUCGUGUGUUAAUUUACAAACAGAUAUUAUCGCGCCAAGAGGCUCCACUGCCGCCGCUGCCGCCGCGGCGUUAAAUGACGCGCGGAAUGGUUUUACCAAGCGACCGUUGCGGAAUGAAAUUACCGUGUGCUUGUCCGCAAUAAAGAUUGUUUCCGUUGGCGCCAACAUAUCGAUCAUUUCUACCUCUCCGCGUCGCGACUAUUAAUAAUGACCGCAGUUACGCGACUCGCGCGGAGGCACGCGCCAAGAAAACAACGCGUAUCCGCAUUCUUCGCGUUCGCGACAUCCCUCUUGAGGAGUAUCCUCGGGUCUCUUGUUUUUGCACCGGGUAAGAACGAAGUUACACGGAAGGAAGACGACGAUCGUCUGACGUACUUUGCGAUUUCGCGCGAGAACUUUGGCGACUGCUAGAUGACAUGGGAGGAUGCUAAUAGUGACGGAGGAUCGGACUAGUCAUCCGAGGUCGCGGUAUGUAUCAUCGUUUGAAAGAUGUACACAACUCUGCGGAAAUAUCCUGUUCGAGACAAUAAAGGAACGUUGCAACAAAGAAUAUGCAGACAUGUGCAACAUAAAAGAUA